UCUAAUUUGCAAUAAUUCAAUUGCUGAUUUGUGUAAAGUAUACAAUAAGGAUUUUUUCUUCAAGGAAAUAAAUGAAAUUUUUAUUGAAUAAAUAAACGGCGCAACUAUUGGAAUUGAUGCUGUUUAAACAACUGAAUGCUAUCGGAAUGUCAUCGUUAUAUCGAUUAUUAAGGAUUGAAUGAAAAUGACAACAUUGCAAAAAAUUGACAUCGAAGCCACUGUGAGGAAAUUGAAACCAUUUGAAAUGGCUUACUAAAAUCUUCAUUGAAUUAAGAAAGCAAAUCAAAUUGACCGAGUCAUUUCAAAAAUAAUCAGAAAAAUGCGAUUCAACGCAUUUGAUUGUGAUUGCACAGUAAUGCAGCUGCAGCAACAAGAACACAAACAAAAACAAAAAGAAAAUCAGAAUGUUCAAAUUCAACGGCGAUCGAAGCUAACGCAGUCGUCAGUGCACUGGUGCACAGCGGAAGCGAAUACCGCGACAAUUGACCACAACAACCACAACAAAAACAACAAUAGCGAUAGCAGCUCUGUACGCAGCAGUAGUGAUUGGCACGCAAAUUUUGCAAGGCGACGACGAAGGAGCAAAAUGCCAAUUGCAGCGCAAAUAAAACAUGAAAAUAACAGCGCUAAUUAUUGUAAUUUGCAUAAAAUCAAUCGACUACUACUAAUUGUCGCUGCAGUUGCUUUGUUGAUAACGCUAGCAGCAGCCGCACUGACAACAACUACAAACUCAAGCGUCACGACUAGCACUGCAAUUAUGAUAGCAGCGCUGACAACAGCGACAACAACUACAACAACCUGCAUAUUGAACUGCGGCAACAGUAUGACAAUAACAAUGUUUGUGUUGCUCGCACCCGUGUCGCUAAUUGGUCACAUGAAUACAGCUGCAGCAGCCGCCGUGCCCGCCUCGUCGCCACUAUCCGCGCUGCAACAACAACGACAAUUACAACAGCAACAAUUAUUUGCGAUGCUUACAAAAAAUCGACAAGGCAACAAUGGCAACGUGGCAAUGACUGGGGGCGGCGGCAGCAGCGUUGGUCUAGAAGUUGGCGUUGCGGGCGAAGAUGCCGCAAUAGCGACCGCGUUAACUGCAGGAUUAGUGCCCAAACAUUUUCUAACCGACAUUGAGGUGGAUAAUGGUGAUACGUCAUUGGAGACAGCUGGUUUUGUGGCCGAUGAUGGUCAACGCUAUGAGAAGGCAGUAAAAGCGCAAGCGGCUGCAGUGAGUAGCAGAGCCGUUAGCGGUAUUGCCAAUGAUAGUAACGGUGGUGGGCGUUUAUUUGGUGUAGCCGCAACAUCCGCAUGUCCAAAAGAAUGCAAAUGCCUGGAUGCAUAUUUCGAUUGUGACGAUAAACUUUUGGUUCGUGUACCCACUUUGCCAGGCUACGUACAAAGACUCGAUUUAGUGGGCAAUAAACUAAACAAUACGAGUGUGCUGCAGAUAAACAAUCUAACGGAAUUAAUACAACUCACUUUGAAACGCAACCAGCUGGAAAGUGUUCCCGUCUUCAUUGGGCUCACUGCGCUAAAGCAGCUGAAUUUGGCUAACAAUCGCAUACAACGCAUCAGCAGUGAGGCAUUGGAAGCUUUACCGCGUUUGAAAACAUUGGAUUUGUCCCGAAACUUUUUACAUGCCGUGGAGUCCAGUUACUUUCCAACCAAUAAUCGUUUGGGGCAUCUCAUUCUCAACUCAAAUGAGAUUAGCAGCAUUGAUGAAGACGCCUUUCAGCAUCUUGGUGACUUAUUGGACUUGGAAUUGAAUAACAACCGUUUAUUGUUACUGCCCGCCGGUGUUUUUCGUACACUCCAAAAAUUGCGUAAACUCUCUUUGAACAACAACCAUUUAGAAAUCAAUUGGUCAACAUUUCGCGGACUCUCAUCGCUGCAAAAGCUCUUUCUCAAAUCCAAUAAUAUACGCACACUGCAGGAUGGCGUUUUCUAUGUGAUGCACGCGAUUGAAACAAUCGAAUUGGAUCACAACGGCAUCACAUCGCUCAGCCGGCAGGGUCUCUACAAUCUAACCAAGCUACACCACUUGAGUUUAUCGAACAAUUCCAUUUCGCGCAUCGAGUCCGACACAUGGGAGUUCACACAAUCGCUAAUCUCGCUGGAUCUGUCGCACAAUAACAUCAGCGAAUUCAAGCCGCAGCAUUUAGAUUGUCUGAAGCGUUUGCGUCAUUUAAAUUUGGGACACAAUAAAAUACAAUACUUGGCCGAUAAUACGUUUGAUUGUGUGAAGAAUUUAGAGGAUCUGAAUUUACGCCGCAACAAGCUGGCUUGGAUCAUCGAGGAUCCCGGUGCAACGCCGCCUUUCAAGGUGCUGCGCAAGCUCAAGAAACUGGAUUUGUAUGGGAACAACUUGAAGCAGGUCAUGAGUAAAUCGCUAAGCGGCUUGAGCAGCUUGGAGUCGCUGAACUUGGGUGGCAACGCAUUAGCCACCGUGCAGGCGGGCGCCUUCGAUCACAUGCCACACUUACAAAAGCUAAGCUUUAAGUCGUUGAAUUUCAUAUGCGAUUGUGAGUUGACUUGGUUCCAACGUUGGCUGCGACGCUACAAACAAUCCAGUAAUGGCGCGCAAGUCCAGUUGGAAAAUGCAGUUUGUGGCUAUCCAGAGGAAUUGUUCGAUCAUCAGUUGUUAGCUUUGAGCAGCAAUGACUUAACGUGUGUAAACUCGCCCAAGCCCACCAUCAUACAGGAACCUGCCAGCCAACUGACUGUGCGCGGCGCCAACAUCACCAUGGAGUGCAUCGCCAUUUCCCCAACGGCGGCAUCCUUAGCGGCCGCCGAUGAGCUGAAAAUCAAAUGGCGCCACGAUAACCAAAAUAUACGUGAGCGCGAGCGUGGACACGCCUUCGCCAUGCAUCACAGUGGUGCCGGCGUUGCAAAUGGCGGCAGCUACAGCACAACCGAAACACGCAUACGCCAAGAGGAAGGCACCAAUGAGACCACAAUUAGCGGCUAUUUGCGGCUAUACAAUGUCAGCUAUGCGAAUGCAGGGCGCUACCAGUGUGUGGUCUCCAACGCUUUCGGCACUACCUACUCGCAAAGAUUCAAAGUAUCCAUUGGCAUUCACCCAACUUUUUUGCAAGUGCCCUCAAAUCUCACUAUAGAUUCGGGCGAAACCGCGCGUUUGGUUUGCUCGGCCGCAGGUGACCCUACACCGGAAAUAGCUUUACAAAAGUUCGGUGGCAGUGACUUUCCCGCGGCAACGGAACGCCGUUUGCAGGUCAUACGUGAGGAGAAUGCUUUCGUGAUUACCAAUGCGAAGCCGAUUGAUACCGGCAUUUAUACAUGCACAGCCGAAAGUGCAGCGGGUGAAAUAAAAGUCAAUGCCACCUUGAUUGUAAAUGACAAGCCGCAGCCCAAUAUACCGAUAGUGCGAAAAGAAACAGUGGUGGGUGAGUCCAGCGUGUUGCAGUGCCUGAGCGAACUAGCGGCCGAUUUGAGUCAGCCACAUCGUGAAUGGUUCAAAGACAACAAGCCCUUCCAUCUGGGCACGCUCAGCGCCGACUCGGAGCGUUACUUUUUCACCUCCGAACAUGAACUUUUGGUCAUUGUCAAUACAGAGUCGGCCGAUGCGGGUCAUUAUCGCUGCGAAAUUAGCGACAACUCGAAGACGUACACCGUGCAGACGGAGCUAAUUGUGGUUAAGGAAGAACUGAGUCAAAAUAUGAUAUUUUUCGGUGUGGUCACAGUCGCCGCGCUCUGCGUGCUUAUCAUUGCCUUGGUCAUAUUUGCGUUGUGCCUGCACCAGCGUCGCAAAGCAUUCAAACGCCGUCAGCGUGAAGCUUGCCAAAUCGUAAAUAGCACAAGUGGCGCACCAAGUGGUCUGCUUUCGGGUAGCGCUGGUCUCAUAGCCGGUGGCACACGCAUUGCCUCGACCAGCACACAACUGCUGAACAGUAGUCGCGGCAGCGCAUUGGAUCAAACACAACUCACCACACUUAACCGCACAUUGCUGCAUAAGUCACAUGUGGACGCGCAGCGGCAGCGACCAAACAGCUUGGGUGAUUUUGAGGCCGACGCAGUCAACAAUGACGGUAAUGUGGAGCAUGGUAGUCAGCGACAACCCCACCAAAACUUGAUUAUCACGCACACACCCAACUACCAGCAGCUGCUGCAGCAACAUGCUGGCAAUGAUAUUGACAACGAUGCUGAGCACUUCACAUUGUCGUACCUGAAGCGCAUUUCGUUGGCCGACAACGCAGGCGUUGCCAUUGACGUUGACCAUAAUCAAGAUCAUCUAUCGAGCAAGGAUUCUGGUACCGGCUCGGAUACGGCGGUUAAACGUAGCAUAGAUGAUUUCACUAUAAGCGGACUGGCGCCAACAACAACAGGUAGCUUGCAACGCACCACCGAUUGCGCCACAACGCCGGUCAAUGGCGACAAGCCAACACACACACAACGCGGCAAUGUUUACGGCGACGACUGCUUGGGCGAUUCCUAUACAGCGGACGAUGGCGGCGACAUGGACGAUGCGGAUUUGCUCUAUGCAGCAACGCAUGCGUUGGGCGUUUCGGAAUGUGAUGUGGAGUUGUUGGAUUUCGAUAGACACAGGGCGGCCACGAUGCGCAUCGACGACAAAGACGCACAUGCCGAAAGAGUAACCGACACCGAUGCGGACACUGAGACGGCCAAUGAGCGCACACACUUCCUAAACAAACCGAAUUGUGCCGACAAUGACAACAUACGUGCGCAUACUAAUGCCAAUCACGAGCGACAGCAACGCUACGAACGUUUACCGAACACUGCGAAAAUGCACUUUCCCUCCAGCUAUAGCGGCAACAAUUUUGAUGGCGGAGGAAACAACGCCGUAAUGUCAAAUAAUCGCAACACGUUCAAUGGCAAUUGUAAAACCAAUUUGCGUGCAGCAAAUGCCACAAACAGUGCGGCGCAUGCGCAAACCGUUGAUAUUUAAAUAAACAACUGGGACAAAGCGUAAAGUUGUAGCACAUACAUACACGCCAUGUGUAUGUGUCCAACCAGUGAUGAUAGUACACCAAAAAAUAAGACUGUAGUUCAUAAAAUUUAUAGUACACACACACAUACACACAUCCGUAAUACAAAUAUAUUUAUACAGUUAUAUAAGUUGUUGGGAAAUUUGCAAAUGGCCACGUAAAAUAUGGAUUGUGUAUAUAGUGUCAUAUUGAUACUAGCAAGCAUAUUUCUCGUGCACAUAACCCUACUUACAUUCGAAAAAAAAACGGUGCAUAGCCAAGUGAACUGUCCGAGCAGCUACACAAAGUGUCAUAAGCAUCAGCGUACGCCGCAUUGUGUUGCGCUUUUCAAGUAGUACAAAUUUUCAUGAGGUGUAAAUAAAUAAACUAACUGCUUUUCACGACUCCAUAUGACAGUCGGGUCUGCGUAAAUGGCAGCGAGCCGGAUUUUGAUGCGAGCGAGCACUGUCAACUCAGCAGCCUUUCGCCAAAUUACUGUAGUGAUGUGAUUUUUUGCCGCAACAACAAUAACAACUCCAUACUAAUUGCCGACUUGCCGCUAUGCUGUUGAGUGGAAGAAAGUGCACGCCAGCGUUGAGCUUACCAACUAGGGAGGAAGUGUAUUAAAGAAUAGUGACGCAUGUGGUUUUAAAUGAGUAAAAAAAAUUGUUGCACACCACACACUCACGCU